AUGCCAGUAGCUAUUCAUGAAUGCAUUCAACAACUUUCACAUGAGAGCUUCUCUAUUAAUAUUUUUAUAUUGAUUAUAUUUCUUGAAAUAUUCCAAAACAACUUCAUUUGGUCUUCAAAAGCUUUAAAAAUAUUUCUUCUUUCUUUUCACUCGUCGUCGGAUGAAAGACAAAAGCCAAAUCCAAAUAUAACUUGA